CAUUUUGUUUCCAACUUCAUCUUAAACAAUCUUAAACAAGAAAACAAAACAUGAAAAAAAAUCUACAAACCUCGUUCUUGUUCUUGUUCUUGUUCUUCUCAUUACAUGGUCCUUCGCGGACACCAUUACUCAUAAUCAGAAAAUGAAAAUGGGUCGUCGCUAUAACGACUCAGAUUUCGGCAAAUUCACGCUCCUCGUUUUCUUUCUCAUAGGUGCAAUUUCAUGUUCCACGGUAUACGUUUUCCUUACAUUGGUCUUUAGGGCGAACACUGCGUCGGUGGUAACAAUGCAGGUUGAAAAGAGUGGUUUUGAGGAUUUGUUGAGUGAGGAAGAAGGAAAAUGUUGUGGAGGGGUUGAGCAUUUGGAGCUGUGGGGUGAAGCGGUGAGAUGGGGGAAUGAUUUUAGGGUGAAUUCUUCGGAGGAUUGUUGUAGGGCUUGUAAGAAUCUGUGUCGGGGUGAUGGACAACGUUGUUUGUGUAAUUCUUGGGUUUUUUGUGGGGAUAGAGAUGCUUGUGGACCUAGAUUUGGUGAGUGUUGGCUAAAACAACAAAAAGACGCUUUAAACCCCGAUCGAGUAAAUUCGGCCCCAAGAGAUAAUGUUAUGUGGACUUCUGGAUUUGUCUUUAAUAAGGGAGAGGGCAUUGUUGGCUUGGAAACCGACUAUGGAAUUCUUCGUAUACAACUUUUGCCAGAAUGCGCUCCACAAUCUGUUUCCUACAUUCUUGAACUGUUGGCAUUGUCACAUUGUAUUGGUUGCCAGUUUUAUCGUGCCGAAAGCCGGGGACGUUUUUGGGAUGCAAAAGGAAACCAUAUAAAAAAGGCUACAUUUGGACCUCCUUUUGCACUAAUUCAAGGAACAUUAGAAUCCCACGAGUUUAUGUUCAAGGAUGUUCCAAAAGAACACUGUCCUGCCAUAAAAAGAGGAUCGGUGGCAUGGGUCGGUUCUGGUCCAGAGUUCUUCAUCAGCCUUGCUAAUCACAAAGAAUGGAGAAAUCCGUAUACUGUGUUUGGCUAUGUUCUAUCUGAAGACUUGCAAAUUUUAGAGAAAAUUUCUCGACUUCCAACUAAAUCAGAUGUUUGGAGUGACAUUCCUGUCUCUAUCUUAGAAAACCCGGUUUCGAUACGGUUUCGUAAAAUAACAACAUGAGCCAUGAGGUGCAGAAUUUGUUAGAUUUAUUCAUUGUUCCACUCAUUGUUUCAACUAGUUUUGUAUGUGAUUUUGAGUUUUUUUUCUUCUUUAUUUUUGCUUUGAAGAAACUGAUAUAGAUGUAAAAGAAAAAAAAUGCAUAGAGGAAGUGGAAAUAGGUUCAAACUUCAAACAUACCAGAAGCAUGAGUUACAAAAUUAGUGGCAUUUUCUUGAUUUAUUUGUUAAAAUGUAGAUUAAGUUGGAGAUGAAGUAUAAA